AUCUUUACCAUAUAAACCAUAAGUGCACCUCCUGCCAGUCUGAUUGGAACCUGUUGUCCACAGGAGUUUGGCAAAGGCCUUCAAACGAAAUCAUCCUUUUUGAGCGAGAUCAGAAGAAAAAGCAAAAUGGUAUCAAAGUGUGUUUCUUUUUCAGGUUCCUUGGCGAUGGAUCCUUUAGGUGUUGCAAAUACCAAUUUUGCUCUCGAGCUCUUCAAGGAGUUGACCAAAGCUGAUCAAAGUGGAAAUGUCUUUGUGUCUCCAUUAAGCAUAUCGGCGGCUCUGGCUAUGCUUUAUCUUGGGGCAAAAGGCGAAACUGCAGCUCAAAUGGCUAAGGUGCUUCAUUUUGAUAAAGCACAAGAUAUCCAUUCUGCAUUUCAGAAGCUAAAUACCGACAUCCACAAAGCUGAUACUCAAUAUCUGUUGAAGCUUGCCAACCGUCUCUUUGGGGAGACGACGUACAGCUAUCUCCCUGAUUUUCUUGCAUCCACCCUGAAAUUCUAUCAAGCUGAACUCGCGGCAGUUGAUUUUCGCAAUAAACCAGAGGAAGUCAGACAGCAGAUUAACGCUUGGGCAGAGGCACAGACUGAGGGUAAGAUCAAGGACUUGUUGGCCCCAAAUAUUGUUGACAGUUUCACAAGGCUUGUCCUCGUGAAUGCCAUUUAUUUUAAAGGCAACUGGGAGAGGAAAUUCAACGCUGAAAGCACCCAUGAGCGACCUUUCAAAAUCAGCAAGAAUGAAACCAAGCCAGUCCAAAUGAUGCGCCAGAAGGCCAAGUUUAACAACACUUACAUUCGUGAAGUUGAGACCAGAAUCCUUGAGCUCCCUUAUGUUCAGAAAGAGCUGAGUAUGAUCAUCAUGUUGCCAGAUCUAAAAGAUGAUGCAAGUGGACUGGAAAAACUUCAAAAUGGCCUGACUUUUGAUAAGCUGUUAGACUGGACCGAUCCUGACAAGAUGGAAAAUGAUGAGAUCGUUGUAAUGCUCCCCAAAUUUAAGAUGGAGAACACCUAUGACUUCACCUCAACACUUGGUGGUAUGGGAAUGGUUGAUGCUUUUGAUUCUUUGAAGGCAAAUUUCUCGGGAAUGACUGAGAAAAAUGACCUGGUUUUGUCAAAAGUUGUUCACAAAACCUUUGUUGAAGUUAAUGAAGAAGGUACUGAAGCAGCAGCUGCCACUGCAGCUAUUAUGAUGUUACGAUGUGCAAUGAUUAGAAUGGAGUUUGUGGCUGACCAUCCAUUCCUGUUUUUCAUCAGGCACAACAAAACUCGCAACAUCCUGUUCUUUGGGAGAUUCUCCUCUCCUUAAACACAAUGCAAAAAGCCACUAAUACAAGCAUUAGUUAAUAGCUUCACUCACUUGCUUCUUUGAAAAAUCCUUUUUUUUUGGCACCAUGCAUAUGCUGUCAGUGAUUGCUACCAAACUGUUGUCAAUGUCAGUAAUCUGAUCCUUAAUAUCACACAGUGGAUAUUUCAUCUUGUCAGAUUUCACUGUAAGGAGCACGAAACCCUGGGCAGGAGAUGUGUAAACCAAAGAUCUAAAAUGUUUUGCUGUGCAUUUUUUUUUACAGUGUCUUUGUACAACUUCAACCUUCGUCUAAAAUAAUAGUAACCUGCAUUUUAUAAGAGUAUUGCACGUCCUAUCAGUGUUUUAACGUGUCAUUUUACAUACUAUAAAUCAAUAGUUUGAAGUUGAAAUAAAAUGAUGUUGCUUUU